ACAGUUUGUUGGGUUGCCGAAUUUCUCAAUAACGUUAAUAUGGCUUCCUUGUAUUGAGGGAAAGCAAUACUUUAUUCGUUGUAAUUUGUUAUGAAAUGUAAAUGUAUGUUAGUUAUUAUUCUAACCUAUGCAUUAGACGCAUUAGUCAAACAUAAACGUGAAAUGAGUUAUAAGUGUUGAAAAUGUUCCGAUUUUUAAGUGGAAGAAAACCUAGAAAUGCAUCAUCGAAAAGUACAAAUGCAAAAUCGAAUAAAAGUGUGAUAAAUAAAAAUCUGUUACAAUGUAGGGUUAUUUUAUUAGAUGGUACCGAUUUAUCAGUGGAAUUGUCGAAAAAAGCAAAAGCACGAGAUCUUUAUGAACAAGUGUUCUACUCUUUGGAUUUAAUAGAGAAAGAUUAUUUUGGUUUGCAGUUUACUGAUGCAAAUCAUGUUAAACAUUGGUUGGAUCCAACAAAAAGUAUUAAAAAACAAAUAAAAAUUGGUCCGCCAUAUACUCUAAGGCUUAAAGUGAAAUUCUAUUCUUCUGAACCCAAUAACCUAAGAGAAGAAUUGACUAGAUAUCAGUUUUUCUUACAACUCAAAUUGGAUAUUCUAGAAGGAAAAUUAGAAUGUCCUGACAAAACUGCUGUAAAAUUAGCUGCUCUUGCUUUACAGUCUGAACUUGGAGAUUAUGAUGAAACGCAGCACACUCCAGCUACGGUUUCAGAAUUUCGUUUUGUUCCGAACCAAACUGAGGAAAUGGAAAUAGAAAUUUUGGAAGAAUUCAAAAAAUGCAAAGGACUCUCACCAGCCAACGCAGAACAGAGUUAUUUAAAUGAAGUUAAAUGGUUGGAGAUGUAUGGUGUGGAUAUGCAUACAGUACUUGGAAAAGACAGUAUGGAAUAUAAAUUAGGCUUAACUCCAACAGGAAUAUUAGUUUUUGAAGAACCUAAUCAAAAGAUAGGUUUAUUUUUCUGGCCUAAAAUUGGAAAAUUGAAUUUUAAGAAAAAAAAGUUGACCUUAGUGGUAGUCGAGGACGAUGAUCAAGGAAGAGAACAGGAGCAUACUUUCGUCUUCAGGUUACACAAUGAAAAGGCGUGCAAACACUUAUGGAAAUGUGCUGUUGAGCAUCACGGGUUUUUCCGUUUAAGAGCACCCGUGAAAGGACCUUCGGCUAGACAAAAUUUUUUCAGGAUGGGAUCCAGGUUCCGUUAUUCAGGAAGAACAGAAUAUCAGAGUACAUUCCAAAACAAAGCUAGAAGAACUGUACAAUUAGAAAGGAAACCAAGUCAAAGAUAUGGAAGGAGGCAGAGUCACGUAUUGCGAGAGAGGGAGCGGGAAAAGGAACGAGAGCAAGUGUCUUCCACUAGCAGUGAAAAAUCUGCUAGUGAACCGAUUUAUUGCACCGUUAAAGAUGAUAUUACAAAGAGUUUAACUCCAACACCAUCGACCCCAACUCCAACAGGUUUGGUCAGUCAAAGCAGUUCCGGUAGGGCGUCGAUAGGACAGAAUAGUUUUGGAAAGGCAUCUAUUUGUUCAGCUGGAAAAGUAUCACUUGGUGGGAGUACAUCACAGAGUCCUGUACCAUCAGUUAAUAGUAGAAACGGAACUCUUCCAAGAAUUAAACCAACUACACCAACAUCUCCACUACCGCCAAUUAGCCCAACUCCCUCAAAUAAUGAUAGUCAAUUGGACUUCCUGUUUAAAAGUUUGGCUAAGGAAUCUCUAACAGGAAUGGCUCGAGACGAUAAAAGAAAUGAGAAUACUGAAAUUGAAACAGAAAAUGAUGGUUCAAAAUCACUUCCAAAUGAGAUUCCGAAUAAUAUUACUAAAAUUGUUGGUGUGGCAAAACCGUUACCACCAGGACAAAUUAAAUGUAACAUCUUGAAGGCUAAAGCUGAAGAAGAAUUACAAAAUCAAAAAUUAACCAAUCAAAUGUUCGUUCAAGCAAAAGAAGAGGAAACUUCUUUAAAUGCGGCAACAUUUAUAGCUGUGGGCGGGGAUAAAUUAACUUUAUCCGUCAGUGGUCCACCGAGUUUGCCACCCAUCAUUACUAAUUCCAUUUUAAAAUCGCCUAAAAUAAUCGAAAAGGAAUCAGUAGACGAAAACAAAAAUAAAAACGAAGAUAAAGAUCACAAGAGAUGUCCCACACCUGUAACUGUAACAUUCUUUGGACAGAACGACGGUAAAUUGGAGAUCUGUAAAGUUGAAGAUGAAAAAAUCAAUUUGAAUCCGUUCGCUGAUUUCUUGAAUGAUAGGAAUGGUAAUCCUUUUAAUUCUAUCAGUGUCUUUCAUCCUAAUAAUCCGUUUUGUGAUUCUGAAACUGACAAUAAGGAUGAAGUUGUAGAUAGUGAUUCAAAGGAAUCUGAUGAGGAAAAUAAAACGAGCUUGGACGACGGAUCUGAAUCAAAACCAACAACUCCUCUUAGUCCUACACUCAGCAAAGUUUCGCCCUGGUUGGUUUCUUCAGAUGUAGUUUCAUCUGCAGUUUCAAAGGUCGAUACAACUGAAACGACAAUUAUACGAAAAUCUGUGAUUACAACGCAGCUAUGAGAGAAUACUCUAUAUUUUACAGUAUACAAUGAUCUAACUUGUAUACUGGAGCUUUUUAGAAACUGCAAUCAAAUUUUAACGUUAUUAAACUUACAUUUAAGAUCGACUUCUUUAAAUUUUUUAUAAAAGUGGUAUUGUUACUGUUUUUAAAGUGUACUAGUUUUGGUAAGAGGACCAUGAAGUCUAUUCCGUAACUUUUUUGGUUAUAAAUAACCAAUAGUUAUAUUUAACGCAUUGUUCGUAUUCUAUAAUCUAAACUUUAGUCAUACAUGUAACCAACAUCGGUUAUAGAGUUGGUUAUAAUAUUAUAUAUAUCGACAAGGUGUAACGAUAUAGAAUAAUUUAACUUCAAUAACAUUUUGUUUUGAGAUUAAAUGGCUAUUUCAGGAAACUUUGUUGUAACUGUUUGACACAAAAAGAGACUACAGUAAAUGACAAAUUUUAUAAUGUAUAUAAUCUUCAGGUUUAUUUUCCACAUUUAACUUUUAGCAACGAAGCACAUUUAAUGAACAGAAAUGACUAAAUAAGGAUGCCGUUCAUUCUCUAAUAAAAAAUAUUUUACCAUAUAUACAUAAAGGUAUAAGAAUUUUCACUUCCACUUCCCCAUCUGUUAGUUGUUGUAUAUCGAAGGUCUGUAACGUUUUAUCAAAUAGGUGGGUAAGAUUUCCAACGGCACCAAAGAAUAUUAAUAGAAAUAUUCAAAUGUUUUAUAAUCAGUAUGAAUUUCCAGGAGUGAUACGGUGCAUUGACUACACUCAUAUAGCCAUUAUUUCACCACCUAACCUUCAUCCAUUACAUCCCGCAGGUCAGGGGCGCAACAACCUAACUCUCAAAAGGGGUGUCCACAGAAUUCUUUAUAAUGAAUAAAAGGUUGGCUUAUUAUAAUUGCAUUGGGCUUGUUUAACGUCGCUAUGAAAAGUAAUUGAUUGUUGUAAUAAAAUAAUAAAUAUCUUUUUUCCAGAUUUACAAAAAAACUGUAUUCACAUUUAUAAAUUCUUGAGCUAGUGCUACGAAUUCUAAGGAAUCUAAUAUGUAUUUAUAAACGUGGCAAAUUACUUAAUCUUUUUCGUUCAUGGUACGUUUAGAGGCCCAAGCAAUGCACUGAAACUGCGUUCAACUUCACAAGAUGAAGCAGGACUUGUCAUUAAAAGUUCAACUUCUGAAAACAUAUCUCUGACCAUAACAAAAUUUUAUAUUAUUACAAAGUUUACUAUUUUACUAUUGAAAAAAUAACUAUACGCCGAUAACAUAACCAAAAAAAUGUGCUCCCUGAAGUUAGUUUCUAGUACCAACAUGGUUGAAAUCAUAUAAUGGCAAGGAUAAGGAAAUUAAUCGGUCAGUUAGUUUUAAACAGCUUUUUAUUUUUAACAGUAGAUCAAGCAAAACAGUGCAAGCGGCCAUUAAUAACCCAAUGGUUACAAAUAACCGAAAAGUUACAGAAUAGACCACUUUCACUUAUAUUUUAAUCACCUCAAUUUUUCUGUUACAUUUUUGUCUUCUACAAGGGAAACUGCUUUUCUUGAAGGUAAUUUUUUUUAAUUCUUGAUAACAAAAUAAAUACAAUUAUUUCGAUUGGUUUGCAAUUCAUAGUUUUUAAAAUAUUGAACUAUGCCUUAAAUAUUUCGAUGUUAAUUAGUAGUUCCAAGACUAGGGUGUAGUUGGUGAAUUACUUUAGGCCAUAAAUAUGUUGCAUUGGUCUCGAAUUUGUUUCCUAUAAAUCUUUUUAAUUUAAAUAAAUGUUGCAGAUUAUGCACUAUUUUUAAAUUUAACACAUUUUAGUAUUUUUACAGUGAGAUAUGCUAGUUUUGAUAUAAUAGUUUGGCUUUCAUUAUUAUGACAGUCUAGAAUUAUUUAUAUUAUAUUUUAGAAAAAUAAUAGUACAGCUUUUGAAGGGGUAAAUUGAAAACUUUAUUUUAUUUAACUAUUUUUAUUGUAGCGUUCAUAUUUUAGUAGUGAUUAUAAAAUGUUAAUGUAAUUGAUUAUAACUCACCACUUCUCAUGUAAAUACAUGGUAGUUUUUGAGUCAAAAUGAUAAUUUAUCUACAGAAAUUCUGUUUCUGUCCAAAAAAGUGCUCCUGGUAUAUAUCACUAUUUUUUAAACAUUUCAAUUGAAACGUAUUUUACUACAAUUUUUACAUUUUUCCAUUAAAUCAAGUAUAUAAUAAAAUAAAUGGAUGGAAAAUGGUCACAUCUAUAGUAGAAGAGUCUUAAGGGCAACACCACUGAAGAGCCCGGUUUUUGAAGAUCAUUUUUGGAAUAUUUUUUCAAAAAAACUUUAUAUAAUAUGCAAAAUCUAAUUAGAUGACUUUAUUAUACAUGUUCUGAAGUAAUUAGUUUGAUUUUUCCAGACCGUUUAAAAACAAGCAUAAGGAAGAGGAAUUUUUAGCACCACUUUCGUCGUAGCUAUUGAUCUGAAACAUGAAAAUCAAGUUUUUUUUUAAUUUUUGAACUAAAAGCAAGAGAAUGACAACUUCACGCUCGUUUUAAUGAUAGUGACACUUGCUUAUUUUUGAAAUUUUUGGACAAUCAAAUGCUAAUGAAGAAAUAUGGUCUUGUGUUUUGGUGUUUCGGAGAUAAGUUUUGAUGAACCUCAAUCAUGAAAAACUUCUCUGCAUAGUCAUAGUGAUUGGAAACACAAUAUUUUGAAAGUGACAAUUUCAAAAUAUGAAAUCCGUGUCUAAGCCGUUAGGUAGUUAUUUAACCUCUCAAUCUACCCCUUUAAAAGAAAUAUAUAUAUCAUUUUUAAGAAAAGUGUACAAGAAUGACCAAUUUCGAUAAUACAAUCAGCUCUAAAAACUGAUAUACAUAAUUUUAAAACGUAUUGUCUUAAGAGUUAUAUUUUUUUAGAUAAAAUUAAUUUAUUGUACUUAGAAGGUUUAUUCUUUCAAUUGAUUUUAUUUGUAAUCAUUUUAUAUUUUAUUGAAAAAAUCUAUUAGUGCCUUUUUACAGCAAUAAUUAUUGAUAAUAUGCCAUGUGUACUUAAAUUUCGAAACUUUUACAUUAACAGGUACAAAGGUAUAUGUCAAAUUCGUAGUAAAUAUAUUUUUUUAAAUAAUUUCAGAAUCUCAUGUGUGAAUUGUAGAGAAAAAUCAGCCUGCCAUUUAUUUGCAAAUUAAAAUCUUCUGAACAUUCUCGGUUGGGUAGAUGCAAAUAUAUUUUUUUUAGAAACAGAAUACUUGAAGUGCCAUUCCAAAUCAGAAAAAGUGUCUUCUUGUUCAGUAAAAUAAUUAUACGUAAAAUGACAUGAAACAAAAUAAAAGAUAAAUUUCAUUCCAAAAUUUAAUAAUUUUUUAAAAGUACCAUUUUGGCAUGCAUUUUUGUUUUACUGUUCAUCAAGAUGAAAGUAUUUUAAACUAUAUAGUAUGCUUCCAUGUCAUAAGACUUUCAAAACAUUAUAAAAUUUGUAUCCGUCCUUUAUAUUAUUCCUAAAUAAAGUAUUUAUAUAUGUUUUUUA